AUGGCAUUGUCACCGGGUGGCAUCGUUCCGGCUCAGCUGGGCUUCCUUGCCAUCUUUAACCCGUCGUUGGGUCAUUCCGAUGAGACUCUUGACGAUCAAAUUGUCUACUACUCUUCAGUCAGCACCCAGCGACAUAAAAAGCGUCACCGCUCACGUGCCAAGCCCACCGAGAAUCUGUCUCAGGAAGAGCGCAAUGAACGUCUUCGUCAGAUCGGUCUUGCUCAGGGCAUGGUCGAGUUCAGCAAAAGCUUCUCCGGCGGCCAGCCUGUCGACUCCAUCGACACGGAUAAGACUCGUGUGAUCCUCCAUGAGCUGGAGCAAGACUGGUGGAUUCUUGCUUCCAUUGAUCUCACUCGCAUUCCUCUGCCGCCUAAGCUCCAGACAGGGAAAGCACAAGAAACCCCAGAAGAGGUUGUCGAGUUUUCGUCUAAGGAGAUUAAGCCCUCAUCCCUUCUGCUGCAGGAUCUGUUCCGUGCUCACACCAUCUUUCUGCUUCAUCAUGGCACCUCACUCAGUGCUCUAUUUGUACGCUCCCGAAGGACCAAUUUCCUCAGCCUGCUUGGUCGAUAUUGGGACCUAUUCUUGUCAACUUGGAACGUAAUGUUACAAGGGAACCCGAUUCGCACAGUAUUUGGCGGCAUCAAUAUCGCUGCCUCUGGCGAACUGGGCAUAGGCGUCGGCGAAGAGGAGCGCGGCAGUGGAGAACGAGAGGUGUUGGAAGGCCUCGUCGCUAGAAUUGAGGGUCUCAAAGACAUCGUGGUUUCAAAAUUUGGAUCCCUGGAUGCCGAUGGGGAGUCGAAAGACGGCAAGGAGCCGAAGAGGUCCUGGUUGGGUACCGGACAAGAUCCAGGUCCUGAAGACGGUGCGAUAUUUGUGGGGACAGGAGCGCUGUCUCGCAAGUCAGUGAGAGACGUGAGCCUGUGGAUGGAAGACUUGUAUACGUGGGGAGAUAACGCCUACGGCGUCAUCGACAGUCCGACAUCUCUUCGCGCUGGUCGACGGGGCAAAAAAGCCGAGCCGGCGCUGGUAGCCAAACCAGCCCCGGCCCCGACGGCUGCGGCGGAACCAGCAGUACGGCCACCUGCUCGUCCCAGCGCUCAUCGAUCAAAUUCUGGGUCUGGUUCCGGAAGCUCGACAUCAACAAGAACGCUGGCUGAGCGGCGUGGGCUUGAGAUGGGCACCGUGAAAGAGGCCAAAAUGCCGGGUUCCACCAAGGACAACUCACACUCCGUUCCUGAAGACGCCGACGCUGACGCCGCCCCUGAUUCCACAGCUACGUCAACACAAGGAGAGGGUGAUGGCCACAUGGACAAACUUAUGACGGUCAUGAAGCUGGGUUACGGCACAUAUUGGUCAAUCGGCAAAACGGAUGCUUCUUCAUCUGCCGUCAAAAGCCAACUAUCUGCCGUUGCUGCCUUUCAGACAGGGGGGUCCUCUAAGGCCGCGGCGACUGCGCAUGUGAAACCGAAGCAGAUGGAUGACGACGAGGGACACUAUCUUAUCGGCCUAAUGGGCGAUGUAGAGGAGGGCAGUGGCGAUGAGGAGAACGGAGCCUCAGACGAGGCAGCUGAAACCGAGUCGAACUCUCGUACUAUGCUCCGCACCGUACACGUUGAACUCGACAAAGUAGGUACGGAUCGCCUAGAGGCAGAUGUCGUGAGGAACCUCGGCAACCUCACGAACGACGUGACGCCUCUCGGGGCCAACGCCGUGAGCUCGAACCCAACGUUCGGAAACCAGGACUCAAACAAAGCAAGCAAGAUGCGCGUCGUCGUAUACGUGAACAAACCCUUCAUAUUCACCUUUGUCUUUGAACUGAGGACCGAUUCGCUGGCCUGGAACUCGUUUUACAAGUCUCUUCACUUCCAGUUGGCACCUCUACGAAAGCCGCUUUUAUCUUCGAUCCAAUAUCGGCCGGAGAGGCCGGAGGCUAGUUCCUCGACGUCCAACAUCUACGACCUUGUAUGGGACGCCGAGGCUAUGACGGUGCAUUCGACUAUCCCGAAUAUUCCGGAUCAUGCACAAGCGUUCCUAUCAAACGCACAAUUACCGUGGUCAAGGGUGGAGGCCAUGAACACACACAUGCAACUCCUCAACAUUUUCAGCCUUACCCGGCCGGAAAUGAACCAGCUCGAGAGAACCUGUAAGACCAACCGCGGCUGGUGGGUCGUCUGGCAGCGCAUCCUGAACCGACACGCCGCGACCACCGGCAGUGAAGCAUACCAGCCGACGCAGACCUACAAGGACGACGACACUUCGACAUCUGACAGGGACGUUUCCCCCGCGAGCGGCGACGGCUCUAGUACGGCGCGGCCAUUGUCACCUCCGCCGCCGAGCCCGACGGUUAGUAAGGAGAUUUUCUUGAUCCGUAGAGCGAGCGAUCACGCGGGCUACCGCGGCGUCAGCUCGUCGUUUGCCGAGGGCGGGAUAGGGUUGACGGGAUCGGGGUGGGGCGGUGACGGCGCGGGCCGUCUUGCGUCGGGGAUCGGCAUUGAUACACGGAAGUAUAUUGAGGGACUUUUGAACUUUAGCCGGUAG